AAGAGUUCAUUACUGUGAACUUUCCUUGCUGGAUCACAGGUAAAAAGAUCUCAUAGAUCUAGAUCACAUCAGUCAUCAUGGGGGUCAAUGCCAAAAAGCUGCCUGAGUCACAAAUGGAAAGAGAACCCUGUUGCUCCAAACUCAAGAUGUUCCUAGUAUCCCUGUCUUUUGUCUACUUUGCCAAAGCUUUUCAAGGAAGCUAUAUGAAGAGCUCAAUCACGCAGAUAGAGAGACGCUUUGACAUCCCCAGCUCUUUGAUAGGAGUGAUAGAUGGGAGCUUUGAAAUGGGUAAUCUACUGGUCAUAGCCUUUGUGAGUUACUUUGGUGCCAAGCUCCAUCGUCCCAGGCUGAUUGGUGCAGGCUGUCUGCUGAUGGCUCUGGGCUCCUUCUGUACUGCACUUCCUCAUUUCUUCAUGGGACAUUAUCAGUACGAAACAUCCAUUGAACAUUCUUCCAAUUUAACUGUGAACACAUCUCCUUGCCUUGCCAACCAAAGUAAUACUAUAAAGGAUACCAGCUCUCCUGAUGGUCCAAAAGCAGAGUGUGAGCAAGAGGUUGGUUCAUCUAUGUGGAUUUAUGUUUUCCUGGGUAAUAUGCUAAGAGGUAUUGGAGAAACACCCAUUAUGCCUUUAGGAUUAUCUUAUUUGGAUGACUUUUCUCAGGAAGAAAACACUGCUUUCUACAUUGCUUGUGUGCAGACAGUUGGAAUAAUGGGUCCCAUGUUUGGGUUUCUCCUGGGAUCCCUUUGUGCCAAGAUGUAUGUGGACAUUGGAUCUGUUGACUUAGACAGUUUGACAAUCCACCCCAAGGACUCUCGGUGGGUGGGGGCCUGGUGGCUUGGGUUCCUGGUGACUGGAGUGGCGGCACUCCUGGCUGGCAUUCCAUUCUGGUUCCUGCCCAGAUCCCUUCCGAAGCAGGGAAAGACCGAGAGCAGUAACGGCCCGUCGCCGGAACAGGCCACAUUUAUACAGGAAAUCAAAAGGGAACCUAGCGCUGAGAAACCCCAAGCUGUCACGAUUUCUGAAAUGGCUAAAGAUUUUCUGCCCUCAUUGAAACGGCUCUUCUGCAAUUCUGUGUUUGUCUUGUUGCUGUGUGUGUCCAUAGUCCAAGUCAACAGUUUCAUGGGAAUGAUUACUUUUAAGCCCAAGUAUAUGGAGCAGAUCUAUGGUCAGUCUGCCUCCAAGGCCAUUUUCUUAAUAGGCAUCCUGAAUUUGCCGGCUGUUGCACUUGGAAUUAUCACUGGUGGAUUUAUCCUGAAAAGGUUCAAGCUGAGUGUGAUUGGUGCAGCAAGAAUAACAAUUGGAGCAUCCUUUACAUCCUUCCUCAUCCUCCUAAUAUAUUAUGGACUGAGCUGUGAGAACACACAAGUGGCUGGAUUGACAGUCUCAUAUGAAGGAGUGAAACAAGUGUCAUACCAGGAGAACAGUCUGUUGUCCCAGUGCAACCUGGGAUGCACCUGCUCUCUGAAGAUCUGGGAUCCUGUCUGUACUGACCAUGGUGUGACAUUUGCAUCUCCCUGUCUUGCUGGGUGCAAAACAUCAACUGGGGCAGGGAAACAGCUGGUUUUCCAUAACUGCAGCUGCCUUGAAGCUGGCCCUCUACAGUCUGAGAACACAUCGGCUAUCCUGGGACAGUGCCCCAGACCAAACGACUGUGAGAGCAUGUUUAAGUACUACAUGAUAUUUUCAGUCAUUGGUGCAUAUAUAUCAGCCUGUGGAGCCACUCCUGGGUACAUUAUACUGCUCAGGUCCAUUAAGCCAGAACUGAAAUCACUAGCCCUGGGAAUCCAGACUUUGUUUGUAAGAACUCUAGGUGGAAUUCCUGCCCCUAUAUAUUUUGGGGCUCUUAUUGACAGGACCUGUUUGAAGUGGGGCUCCAAACGGUGUGGGGGUCGUGGGGCCUGCCGACUAUAUGAUUCAGAUGCAUUCAGAGUUGUGUACCUUGGACUGAUUUAUGGACUGUACUCACUAUCAUAUAUCCUGUGGGGUACGCUGUAUGCCAAACUCUCAAGAAGACACCGACAAGACACAGUAAAGAAAAAUGGGAAGAAUGAUGGCAACGCAAAUGGACAGGGGGACAAUAUGCACAACCAGAAAGUAUCGCCCAUUGGAACAUCCAAUAAAGAGGAAGUGGUGGAGCGCGAGACAAGCAUGUAAGAAGAGCCUGAAGACUCUAGACAGUGACAAGUGCAAUAAAAUCAUUGCAUUUUGUCACUUAAAUACUAGGCCCUUUUAUUGCCCUUAAUUCAUAAUAUACUGUAGGUCAUUAAACAAAGGGAGCAUACCAGCUGGUCAAAAACAUUCUGAACUCUUAGAAAAGUAUUUGCAUAGCCCAGAAUCAUACAGUAUAAGGCUGCAUUUUCUAGUUUUGUAAGGAGUCAUUUGGAUGCCUGUGUUAGAGUUUCAUUUUAUAGCUCCUGAAAAGCAAAACAAAGAUAAUUGAUUUUUUAUUUUAAACAUAAGUCUGACCCUAAAAUGAAUUUUGUGGUGUUCCUUCUAUCUGAAACUGCUAAACACAAUAGCAUGGGUUAUUAAAAAUGUAGGAAAGGUCACAAAUAAGAUGGUGCAAGUCAUCCUACUCAUUUGAUCACCAGUAGAAGCCCCCAUCAAUCCAUAUCAAAAAAGCUCACAAAGACUUCUCUCUCCUCAACGUUUCUGAGGUUUGUAUUCAUUUAGAUGAAUACAUUGCAAAUGACUCAAAAACAAAAGUUCUUAAGGUUUUAUUCUUCUGAAAUUUGACAUCACGUAUCAUUAUUUUAAAACAAAUCUGGCCACAAAUAGUGUUUUGUGCAAAACUUUUAAGUUUUGAUGAUAAGGCACUUAACAUCUCUCUCUUGCUUCAGUGCAUUUUAAAAUUUUAAAUUGUAUUAUAUUUUAUUAUUUAACAAAUAGAAACUACAACUACACUGAACAGAAACUUUACUGAACCAGGUUUAUAAUGUGAAUAUAUGUUGCAUUAACAGCUGAAAUGCAGUAUUUGUAUGUACAGAUUUACUUUCAUUUCCAAAAUCUAUUUUUUCUAUUGUGUUGUUCAAACUUUAGAGAUAAUGCCUGCUGCACUGUACUUGUCAUUAAAUGUAAAGUGUCUCA